AUGUCGGAAUUGCGACGCCGCAAGCCGUCGGCGGCGGACACCGUCGCGGCGAAACCGCGCGCGAGCCCCUCGUGGUCCCAAAUCGAGCAUCUCAUCUACAAGGUGUUGUUCAAUCGCCUCACACUCGUCGCGUUCUACGCGUUCUGGUUUCUGUUCGGCCUGCUCGUGUUGCGCAAAACGCAAAACGCGAUCGCGGCGGUGCGCUACGUGAAGAGCCACUCGGAGACGGUGUCGUUGCGGCUCAUCGAGGAGUCGCGCGAGUUCGCCGAUCUGAUACGAACGCUCGACGAGCGUUUCGCGCGACCGCCGGCGAUAUUUCUGCUCAACCAGUUCGCGCUCAACAUGACCGACAAUUUUUUGUGCAACACGGCGACACUCAACGGCACCCACGAGCGAUUCAUAUUCGUGACACUCGACACGGUGUCGAGGGACAAAAUCCGAAGCCGCUGGCCGAAUAUUCAGCAAUUCCAUUGGCCGACGCCGUCGCUUUAUAAGCCGUUCUCGUUUGCUGAAGGCCGCUAUCAGACGAUUUACCUAUUGCGUUCGAAUUUGGCGUUGGCGUUGAUUCGAAAGGGCAAAUCGUUUUGGAUGAUGCAGCAGGACACAUUUUGGCGCAAAAAUAUUUUCGAUCUCAAUCUGGAAGACGACAUGUCGUACGAUGCGAUUUUCGAUCAGCUUGGCGACGGCGCCAAAUCGUUGCGGUCCGAAUGGGUGAAUGGCGCCAAUUUCUUCAUUCGCGCCAACAACGACACCCAAUUGUUUUUUGAGCGAAUGUCGGACAAAUUGGCGCAUUGGUACACGCCCGAUAUGGGCAUCAUGAUUCAUCAAUGCCACACGUGGGAGAGGCCCAAAUGCGCUUAUAUUCCGCACACAAUCGUCUACUCAUGGGAAUGGAUGUUCACCGAGCAAAAGAAUCCGCCGUACCUGAUGCAAUUGGAUUGCGAGACCGACGGCGGCUCGAAAUUGUCGCAAUUGGGCAAAUACGGCUUCCAUUUCGUCACCGCCAACGGCACGUGCGAUUUCGCGAAAAUCGAGCAGGCCAAAUCGCGAAUGGAGUCGGGCACCGUCGAAGUCAAACAAUUCUCAUCAUGGGGACGCCUUCAAUUCAAAGCCUAUUGAAUCUCCACGACUACCGUAACCCGACAGUACACACCCACCAAAAUUGGCGAUAAUUGGUUUGAGGUUCCAAUUAAGAUAUAUGAUGGCGGAAAAUUGACAAGCAAUUUGGCGAAACUUGAACUCGGCGAUCACGUUGAUUUUCGUGGUCCCUACGGCGAAGCGGAAGCGCGCGAGAUUCGAAAAAUGACGAGAAUGGUGUUCAUCGCCGCCGGCACCGGCAUCGCGCCGUUCAUUCGAAUCAUCGACGCCAUUCUCGACGAUGACAACGACGAGCAUCGAAUUCGAAUCGUCUAUUGCGUCGCGACACCCGCCGACAUAUUGUUCGGCGCCAAAUUGGCGCAAUGGGCGAAACACUGGAACGUCAAAAUCAGUGUGUUCGCGUCGCGACGCGUCGCCAAUCCAACCGCGUCGUUUCAUUUGAUCGACGUCAAAAUGAAGAGGUUCGACGAGUCGGAUUUCGCGGACGAGAUGCGACGCGUCGAUGGCGGCACCAUCGGCAUCAUUGUGUGUGGUGGCAGUGCGUUCGAGAAGGACGUUCUCAAUUGGUCGCGAAAAUCCAACCAUGAGAAUCAUUUCGUCAGAUUUGCCCCGUGA